UUCUAGACUUAAUACUGAUCGCCGCCGCCGUAAUUUUUGCAAGAACUAGGCGCGCCGGGCAAGCAGCAGGCCCGUAAACCAAUUUUGCCUGAAUUCGCAAAGCGCAGCAAAGAUGCUCGUCCUCAACCAGAACACCCAGAGAGACACGGGCCGCAGCGCACAGCUCGCGAACAUCGGCGCGGCCCAGGCGGUAGCGGGCAUCGUACGAUCCACCCUCGGCCCUCGAGCGAUGCUCAAGAUGCUCUUGGACCCCAUGGGCGGCAUCGUCAUCACGAACGACGCCAACGCUAUCUUGAGGGAGGUCGACGUGAGCCACCCGGCGGCCAAGCAGAUGAUUGAGUUGUCGAGAGCCCAAGACGAGGAGGUCGGGGACGGCACUACAUCAGUGAUAGUACUCACCGGAGAGAUGCUCCAGGUCGCCGAACCGUUACUACAACGGAACAUCCACCCGACGAUGAUCUGCCGAGGCUACGCGAGAGCCUUAGAUGCGGCCUUAGGAGCCUUUGCCUCGAUCAGCAAAACUGUCGACCUCAAGGACAACGACGCCCUCCUAGCACUCGUACAAAGUUGCAUAGGCACCAAAUUCAGCAGCAGGUGGGGCGACCGCGUCAUCGAGAUGGCGGUGCAGGCUACACUGAGAGUCGUGCAAGAACGAGGUAGCAGUACGGGAGAAGGUACCGUAAAAGAAGUAGACAUAAAACGCUACGCGAAAGUGGAAAAGGUCCCCGGCGGCGAACCUGCUGAUAGCCGUGUCUUACGAGGCGUCAUGUUCAACAAGGACGUGACGCACCCGCGCAUGCGGCGGAAGAUCGUGAGACCUCGCGUUUUAUUACUAGAUUGUCCGUUAGAAUACAAGAAGGGCGACUCGAACGCCAACGUCGAGAUCACGAAGGAGGAGGACUGGAACACUCUCCUCAGAAUCGAGGAGGAGUACAUCGAGCACGUCUGCGCGCAGAUUGUGGCAGCUCGGCCGGACGUGGUCAUUACCGAGAAGGGUGUGAGUGACUUGGCGCAGCACUACCUCAUGAAGGCGAACAUCACGGCCUUCCGGCGGCUGCGGAAGACGGACAACAACCGCGUGGCUCGCGCGACGGGCGCGACGAUCUGUUCUAGAACUGAUGAAAUCCAGGAGUCCGACGUCGGGACGCAGUGCGGGCUCUUCGAGGUGCGGAAGUUGGGCGAUGAGUACUUCGCGUUUCUGGAGGAGUGCGACGACCCCAAGGCUUGUACCUUACUGUUGCGGGGUGGCUCCAAGGAUGUUUUGAUGGAGGUGGAACGGAACCUGCAGGACGCGAUGCAGGUCAUCCGCAACGUCGUGCUGGAGCCGCGGCUCUUGCCGGGCGGUGGGGCCGCGGAGAUGGCUGUUUCCAGGGCGCUGCGUGCGGCGGCCGACGCGGCUACUGGGGUUGAUUCUUACCCGCUGCGGGCGGUGGCGGACGCGAUGGAGGUGAUUCCCCGCAUUUUAGCGACGAACUGCGGCGCCAAGGUCGUGCGCGUGCUCACCGAACUAAGAGCCAAGCAGCAGACCGAGGGCCCGACCUGGGGUAUUGAUGGGACGACGGGCAAGGUCGCCGACAUGAACGCCAAGGACGGUCCUAGGAUCUGGGAGCCGUACGCCGUCAAGGUACAGACUGUCAAGACCGCAAUUGAAGCCGCGAGCCUCAUCUUGCGCGUCGACGACAUCGUCUCGGGCAUCAAGGGCCAGAAGUAGUUUUUCCGACCACCCACGUAUAAUAUUGCGUCUCUCGUUUU